GCGCUCGCGCUGUGUCUCCACCAGAAAGUCCCGGAAGAUGCUUCAGUGUGUAGAGUGGGCGCGGGGUGCAGGUGAGGCAGCUGGCGCUCUUUACCUGUAAACAAACACAGAAAGCAGACAUGAAGUCGACCCCCGGGACUCGGUUUAACGGAGAGCCGCUUCCAGCACCGCUUCGAAGCCGGCUGGAGAUCAGUGUUUGAUCCAACAUCCUGAUACACACAGUGUUGCCAGACACACUGCGCAGAGCUUACACAUGUAAUCAGUCGACCAUCUAACCCAGUGACCAAAAGGACCUGAACCCACUGUCAUCCUCAGCUAUGGCGAGCCAGGAGCCUGUCAACCCUUCGCAUGCUGCGUUUGACCUGUUUAUCCAAGCCCAGAGCUGUAAGGAUGUAAAGCACCACUUUGUUGAGCUCUGCAGUGAACUGGACAUCAAUCCUAAGGAUUUCAGGACCUUCUACACAAAGCUAAAGGAAAGACUGAACUACUGGAAGGCCAAAGCCUUAUGGACCAAGUUGGACAAAAGGGCAUCUCAUGAAGAUUACCAGCAAGGAAAAGUCUGCAGCAAAAACAAGUGUCUUGUGUUGGGUGCUGGUCCUUGCGGACUGAGAACAGCCAUUGAACUGACCCUGCUGGGGGCUCAGGUGGUGGUGGUGGAGAAGAGAGAGGAUUUCUCCAGAAACAAUGUUCUCCAUCUGUGGCCGUUCACCAUCUACGACCUCCGCGGGCUCGGAGCUAAAAAGUUCUAUGGCAAAUUCUGCUCUGGCUCUCUGGAUCACAUCAGCAUUCGUCAGCUGCAGUUGAUUCUACUGAAAGUGUCACUUCUGCUUGGGGUCGAGGUGCACACCGGAGUGGAGUACCAGGGCUUGAUCGAGCCCUCAGGAGAAAAUGGUUGGAUGGCCAAACUACAGCCUCGGUCUCAUCCGGCUGCAGCCUUCCAGUUUGAUGUCUUCAUCUCUGCUGGAGGAGGCAGGUUUGUCCCUGAUGGUUUCAAGCAUAAGGAGCUGAGAGGGAAGCUGGCGAUUGGCAUUACAGCCAACUUCAUUAACGGAAACACAGCUGCUGAGGCCCAAGUAGCUGAGAUCAGCGGUGUAGCUCGCAUCUAUAACCAGAAGUUCUUCCAAGAGCUGCUCACAGAAACGGGUAUUGAUUUGGAGAAUAUUGUCUACUACAAAGACGACACCCACUACUUUGUCAUGACUGCCAAAAAGAAGAGCUUGCUGAAGAAAGGGGUCAUUAAACAGGACUAUGCUGAUGCAGAACAGCUGCUGGCUCCUGCAAAUGUGGAUCACAAGGCUUUGUGUCGCUAUGCACGUGAUGCUGCCUUCUUCUCCACCGGUGGCAAACUGUCUGACCUCGAGUUUGCUCAGAAUCAUGCUGGCGAGCCAGAUGUGGCCGUGUUCGACUUCACCUGCAUGCAUCGUGCUGAGAAUGCCUCGCUGGUCAGAGAGAGGCGGGGCCAGAAGUUGUUAAUGGGUCUGGUUGGAGACUGCCUGGUGGAGCCUUUCUGGCCUCUGGGUACCGGCAUAGCCCGUGGGUUCCUGGCUGCUUUUGAUGCAGCGUGGAUGGUGAGGAGGUGGGGGAAAGGGGUCCCACAUCUCAAGGUCCUGGCUGAGCGAGAAAGUAUCUACCAGCUCCUGUCCCAAACCACACCAGAUAACACCAGCAAAAACUAUGCUCAAUGCAGCAUCGACCCCAAAACACGGUACCAGAGCGUCAACCUGUCCUCCAUCCAGGCACAUCAGGUGCAGCACCUUUAUGAUGUUGAUAAAUCCUAUCCGGCAAGCAAGAAACAAAUGGACAGAUGGCCUACCAUGCGUCAAGACUCAUCUAGUGUUUCUGAAGAGUUGUUGAAAUGGUGCCAGAAACACACAACAGGUUAUGAGAAUGUGAACGUAAAAGAUUUUACACAAUCCUGGCGCUCUGGGCUGGCUCUGUGUGCUCUGAUCCACCACUUCAGACCUCAGCUCAUUGACAUGUCUUCCCUGGAUGAGUCCACUAGUGCCCACAACAACCAACUGGCCUUCAGUAUCCUAGAGAAGGAGCUGGGCAUCCCACCUGUCAUGUCUCCCAGCGACCUGGUCGACACUGGUCAGAUAGACAAGCUGUCCAUGGUCCUCUACCUCACCCAGAUCCAAAAAGCUUUUACUGUGCCAGCAAAAGAACCUGCAGGCUUCCUGCCAUCAUCCAAGCCUCUGACUCUCUCCCAGACACAGUCAGCUGUCUUUUUCCUGAGCAAGCUGAAGCACAACUCUCUGCAAAGACGCAAGGAAAAGCUGGCAUCUGAGAAACAAGGCACAGAAACUACGACCAGGAUGGGAGAUGAGGACAGCACGCUGGUGCCUCCUGUGUCCCCUGCACUCAGUCCUACGCCUACUCUUUCUCCUGAGCCUGGUGCUGCUGUUCUGAUGACCAACAGGGAGGAGUGUUACUUCUGCGGUCAGAGGGUCUAUGUCCUGGAGCGCAUCAGCGCUGAGGGCAAGUUCUUCCAUCGGAGCUGCUUCACCUGCCAUCGGUGCGGCAUCACACUCAGACUAGGAGGAUACACCUUUGACCAGAAUACAGGGAGAUUUUACUGUGAGCUGCACUCGGAGGAGCUGGAGCUGGCAAAUGGGGCUGAAACAUCUUGUAAGGACGACAAAGAAAAUGAUAAUGGGGCAAAUGAAGAGAAUGGGCUUUCUAGUGAUGAGUAUACACUGUCUCCAUCGGAUGAGGAGUAUGAGCACACUCUGGACUGUGGCCCUGUUACUCAUACACAGUCACAUAAAUCUGAACAGGACCAGGAUAUACGUGGAUCCAAAGAAGAUCCCCAAGAACCACAAACAUCAGAAAGUCCUCCAUCUAUACCUGAGGUAGCAGCGCCAAAUGAGGAGGACACAGAAGAAAUUUCUUCCUCAGCGCCCUAUCCGGUUCCAAAGCCACGUCUUUCUCGUCAGACCACACCCACCCAUCAGCCCUCUCCCCCGGUUGCAAAACCUCGCACAGUCCACUCUUGUGAUCCCUCCCCUCCAGAAAAACAUUCACCGCCAGCCACUACAAAAGAGACCUCUAAAGCGGGACCAGACUCCCGACCUAAACAAUCAUUGCGAAAGCUUCAGUUAACCGAUGAGGAGAGAAGCCUGCUGGUGAAUCUUCAAAGUUUCAGCGCCGACUCAGACUCAGAGACCCCUGGUGGAUCCUCCUCCUGCUCCUCUUCCUCGGCGAAUGCAGGAGGUCCUGCCAAACCAGAGGGUCUGGAUGGGCAAGAGGAGGAGGGCUACUGGAGUGGGAGCACUGCAGGUCACAUGCGGGAGAGGAGGAAUCGACGCUGCUACAGGAGAAAAGAGAUGCCAAGCGGGCAGACCAGAGUACGAUCCAAGUUUUCCCCCUGGAAUCUGUCUUCCCCGAGAAUCAGCAGAGACACCCGGCUCAGUGUCCACAUUAAUCAACCAGGCAGAGUGGAAACGACAUUCAGACAAGUUCACAGCGCCUCAGAAGAGGGUGUUGAUGGAGAUGAUGACGACGACGAUGAUGAUGACGAUAUGUUUGAACGAGAUGACAUUGACUUGUUUGAUGAGAAAUUUCAGAAUGUGCCAUCUGACCCUGUUGAGGCUGAGAAGCUGGAGCUGAUGAAGAUGAGGACACUGGAGCGGCGGGCAAAGAUGAGCGAACUGCAACGAUUUCAGAAAGCUCAGUCCAUCCAGCGAAGACUGGAGGAGAUUGAGGUGACUUUCAAAGACCUGGAAGACAAAGGUGUAGUUUUGGAGCGAAGUCUGCGAGGAGAGGCUGACAGCGGUGGUUCUCCUGAUACGAUCGAACAGUGGAUCCAGCUGGUCCAUGAGAAGAACGCGUUGGUCUCUGAGGAGUCGGAGCUCAUGGUGGCGUCUCGACAGCUGGAGCUCGAAGACAAGCAGAGCGCCUUAGAGUUGGAGCUCAGGAAAUACAUGGAGAUGAAAGACAAGACAGCAGAGCAGCAGGUGGAAGAAGAGCGGGUUCUGCAGCAGAUGAUCGAGGUCGUGGACAUGAGGGACUCUUUGGUGUCAUUUCUGGAAGAGAAGAGGCUGAAGGAGAUAAGCGAGGAGCAGGAGGCUUUCUCCAUCAUGGAGGCCAAACGGCACUCAAAGGCAGGAUCUCAGGUCCACUGGGCGUGAGGCUGUCAUGCAAACACGUACUCAGUAUGAGCCUCUGUGAGCCGCACACGGGAUUCUUUCACAUCUGCUGCGUGUGAGAUUCGCUGCUUUUAGACUCGGAACCUGAAACUUAAAUGUGCAAAGCCAAAGAUGAUACGACAUCGUUUUGAAAGGUAACCCAUUACAAGUCGUCCCUCAGCGAAUAGGAUUAAGUUGAGGCUUAUGGGCUGGAUGCUGAAUGAACAUCAGUUGCAAUCCGCCCCCUAGAGGGAGACAGAAGCCUUGCGGAUGUGACUCUUGGAGUUGAUGCAUCCUACAACUCUGCAGCUAAGACAGCCUGCCAUCACACUGGGGUGAUAGCAACACACCAUGUAUGAAAAAUGAUCUGUAGUAUCUGCCGUACUACUGAACAACCACCACACAGCAGAUAAUCAUUACCCAGUCUGGGAUUUGACCUGGUUUUGUGUCAGAAGCGUGACUUGAGUGCAAAGCCAAGACAACACAGAAUGCAAUUACAGUGGUGAGAAACCUGCAGUAGAUGUUUCUAAAUAGAUCUAGGUUGAAAAUACAGGACAAAUACAUGUUUUUGAAAAUAGUUGGAUGUUUAUAUUGAUUUUAAUUGUGUCCUCACAGACAAGUGCUACACAUAACGCAUUAAUAUACAUAUCCUGAUUCUAUCUUUAGUAUUUGUAUACUGAAUAUAAAUAUGAUGGAGGUUUAAAAAAAAAACUAAGAAGAAUUUGAAAUAUUAGACUAAUUAAAAUUCUGUUAUUCCAUUCUUUGUUUUCUUUUUAUCCAGCUGUCAUUUCUGAAUGUUAUUGAAUUUUGUAGCACUCCCUGCUGUUCGCCACGUCCCUUCCUGAUAGCUCGUUGGAUAGCUAAUCUCAGGGGUUGAUCGUUCAGUCCUCUGAGAAUCAGAGUUACAGUUUUCACUGAUGGCCUUCAACUGUCGGCUGCUGUUUAAGUGGUGUAUUAUUGGAACAUGGGGGAUUUGAGGUGAAUGAAAAACAGACUAAAAUGGACUGGCUCAUCUAUUUAUAAAUACCAUCAUUUAUCAUUUGCAGGUGUUCCUAUUUAUGUGCUGGCUGAAUAGACAAAAUCAAGGCAGAAACCAGUCUGUCAUCAGAGAAAAGGAGCCUUAUAUAUUCAUUGUCCUGCUGCCAUUCUGUGCCACCUGGACGACACUUCACAGUAUAUCAAAUAAAGAUGAUGCACUUUGA